CAUUGGCAUGCAAACUCUCAUGGCCAUCCCAUGCGCGCGCGCUCUCUCGCUCUCUCUCUCGGAAUAUGAUCCCUCCACAUCUCUCUAUCUGCAUUCCUCAACCUAUCUAAAACCCUAGACAAUUCGAAGUAGACAUCCAUCACAUACAGUUAUGCAAAUACACAAAUCAGUUGGAUCGUCUCAUCUGCCAGCGAAGGGUCGGUGCAUAUCGCGGCCGAUACUGAAGGGUCUGUUCAAGCCGAGGCCGCCGCCGCCCACGCCGGCCGACCUCGUCCGUCAACUCCGUGACCUACUCAUCUACGCCGACCGCAACACCGAGCCGAAGGAAGCCAAGCGCCGAGAAAAGAUGUGUGAACUGAACAAACUAAUUCUGGAGGCGAGGACAGCUCUCUACGGCAAUGAUCACUCAGAACCAGUAGCUGAAAUUUGUGCACAGUUGACACAGGAGUUCUUUAGAGACAAUAUGUUGCGUCUUCUGAUCCUUUGUCUUCCUAAGCUAGAUUCAGGGGCCCGUCAAGAUGCCGCUCGUGUUGUUAAAAAUUUGCAUGGACAACGGGUUAAUUCACGAUUGGUUGCAUCUGAUUACAUGGAAGAGAAUGCAGAUCUCGUAGAUAUUCUAGUUCCCGGUUAUGAAGAUUCUGACACUGCACUAUCUUAUGGCGCAAUUUUGAGAGACUGCAUUCGUCAUCAAAUUGUAGCCCGGUACUUGUUAGAGUCAGAACAUGUGAAGAAGUUUUUCGAUUACAUGCAAAAUCCAAAUUUUGAAAUAGCAUCAGACGCUGCAGCAACUUUUAAGGAGGUUUUGACCAGACAUAAAUCAACUGUUGCUGAUUUUCUUUUGAGAAACUAUCAGACGUUUUUCCAGGAAUACAACUCAAGGUUGCUGGAAUCCCCUAAUUAUAUCACCAGAAGGCAUGCUGUCAAGCUAUUAGGAGAGAUAUUAACUGACCGUUCAAAUUCUUCUGUGAUGGUGCAUUAUGUGAGCUCACUGGACAACAUGCGGGUCCUGAUGAAUCUGCUUAGGGACUCAAACAAGACAAUCCAGCUUGAUGCUUUUCAAGUAUUCAAGCUAUUUAUCGACAAUCAAAAUAAGCCUCCUGAGAUCGUAAGCAUACUCGUCCAAAAUAGAAGCAAGCUCCUCCAGUUCUUUGGUGACUUCAAACUUGGCAAAAAGGAUGAAGCGUUUGAAGCAGACAAAGCUCAAGUUGUCAAAGAUAUUGCCUUACUUUAACCCGAAGAUGAAGCAUGUGCAGCUUUCGACGUCUUUGAAAAUCCUGAUGUGCUUUGUCUCAUUGAGGAUGAAGUGUUUGAAGCAGAAAAGAUCAAGUUGUCAAAGAAGUUGCCAUACUUCAACCCGAAGAUGAAUCAGCUUUCGACAACUUUGACAUUGUCGGUAACUGAUGUAUUUGUACAUAUCUGAUAGUUGUUUGAUAUCUGAGGAAUGUGCCACGCAAUUGUAUACUCCUAAAUUAUCUGUAAAUCAAUGUAGAAAGCGUAGUUUAUGUAUGUUUAGUUAUUUUAAUUCUCAUAUGGACUACCAUAAAUACCAUCUGUUCUGAUGACUUGUACCGUUGUAUGGGGAUGGGGCUGCACAUGUGAAAAGAGUUGACCUUUUCUUUUUAUCAUAAAAA